CGUCGUAUUUUACAUGUGAUCCCUAGGGAUAUGGUUUAUUAUUAUAGGGAUCACUUUGUAAUUUGUCAUUUUAUUUUUCCUCCCAACUCCAGCUGAACAUGUAGAGGAGUAGGGUUCUGUUCUCUUGUGUACAAAUAGGGUACUAGCUGCUGCGGCUAACCCUAAGAACCAGAAAACAAAAAUAAGAAAUUUCUGAGAGCUUGAAGCUCUCCGUGGACUAGUCUCGCUCAUGUUGAGCGGGGAAACCACGUAAAUCUUGGUCUCGUGUUUUUAUUCUUUCCGCAUUCGUCGUAUUUUACAUGGUAUCAGAGCUGUGAGUAGAUCCACAGCGGUUAAUCAUGAGCUCAGACGAUGAAGCCAGCAAGUCUACCCAGACCGGUAAGAGCCCUCAAUCAUCGACGGCUGCGGGACUUAAUUCGCAGGUUAUGAUGCCGUCGCACCUUCUCCUUCACCCAUCGGACAACCCGAGUAACCUCUUUGUCGGUGAGCUGCUUUCUGAUGCUAAUUACGGAGAAUGGGUCGUGGAUAUUACCGACUCGCUCAUCGCCAAGAACAAGAUAUGUUUCGUGGAUGGGACCUUACCUCCUGCCAAUUCUCCGGCCGAAAAGGAGGCUCUUCUUCGUUGCAACGCCAUGGUAAAGGGGUGGCUGAAGACAUCGAUGACCAAAGAGGUUCGGAGUAGCGUCCGUUUUGCGUCAACUGCGCGUGAAAUUUGGAUUGAUCUCCAAUCCCGAUUUGGCCAAGGCAGCGCCGCCAGGCUCUAUGAGCUCAAGAGCAUGAUCGUUCGUCUGCGGCAAGAGAAGGCUUCGGUCUCUUCUUUCUACACCAAGUUGAGGGGUUUGUGGGAUGAGAUACAGACCCUCACUCCCUCGGUGUCUUGCACUUGUUCAGGUUGUACCUGUGAUGGCCAGCGGCGACAAAGAGACGUUCGCGACGGCGAGCAAUUGUUUGAUUUCUUGAUGGGCUUAGAUGAUGUGUUCUCUACCGUCAAAUCCCAAAUAUUGGCCAUGCGGCCAACUCCCACCUUAGCUGAAGCAUAUCAGCUCGUUUCCCAUGAUGAGCAGCAACGUAUGAUCUCGUCCAAUAGGCGUCCGCGUCCCGAGGCUACCGUUUUCCAAGCUCAUGGCGAAAAGAAGUUGGAUCGGCCUUCCCUGCUUGCUGAAUCCGACCGUGACAAGGAUCGGGAUGCUGACGGGAAGCCCAAGUGCACUCAUUGCAAGCGUACAUGCCAUUUUUGGGAGACUUGUUACCGGCUGAUCGGAUUUCCUCCCAAGAAUAGUGACAAGGGAGAGUCAACUCGCCGGCGUGCUGAUCGGGGAGCUCGUUCCUCGCCCCAGGCUGCUCAAGUUGAUGCCGCCGACAGCCCCUUGCCUGGCCUUUCAGCUCGUCAAUUUGAUCAACUCAAGGCUCUCCUCGCUGGUGACCUAUUACACCAUUCUCAAGGCUCGGCCGAACCAUCAUCCAACAUGGCAGGUACGUAUUCUCUUAAUUCUGCAUCUUGGGUUAUCGAUUCGGGUUGUAACGAACACAUUGUUAACCAUGCCUCUUUAUUGGAUUCGGAGUUGGACUCGAAUCCGGCUCUUCAGGUCAAAAUACCCAAUGGUACAGGUGUCUCUGUUCGCAGUAUUGGGACGGCUAAAUUGUCUGAUGAUCUAUUAUUGCGUCGUGUGCUUCACGUUCCUGAUUUUCAAUGCAACUUAUUAUCGGUCAGUCGGUUGACAGCUGAUUUGCCGGUUGCGUUAAUCUUUAUGGGUGACUUAUGUGUGAUUCAGGACCUACCGUCCAAGAGGCUGAUUGGGAUGGGUAAGCACGUCGAUGUGAUUCACGUUCCUGAGAUUGUUCGCACCCGAGCACCCGAUUGCACACACAGUUCGUCGAUCUCUGGAUAGCACUGAUUUGUGGCACUCUCGUCUAGGCCAUCCGUCCGCUGCUAAACUGCAUGCUUUGGAGACUUUACUACAUUGUUCUUUCGUUCAUAAUAAAGAGCCCUGUCGAUC